GGCGGGUCCGGGAUCGGGAUUUGGGGGGAAUUGGGGGGAUUUUGGGGACUCGGGGGGUCCCGGGGCCCGGGGGGGGCCAUGGAGUUCCCCUUCGAGCUCGGGCCGGUGCUCGGGGAGCGAUUCUGCGUCGUGGAUCAAAACCUGCGGCCCGCGGGGCGCGGGGGGGGCGGACACAGGGGGGACCUGGAGCAGCAGCUGCGGACGGUGAUCGAUGAGCUGGGCAAGGCCUCGGCCAAGGCCCAGGGCCUCCCCACCCCCGUGACCAGCGCGGCCCGAAUGGAGACCAACAGACACGUCCUGUACAUCCUGAGGGACCCCCGGACCCCCAAAGGCGUCGUCAUCGGGUUCCUCAAGGUGGGCUACAAGAAGCUUUUCCUGCUGGACCGGGCAGGGACCCACACGGAGGUGGAGCCGCUUUGUGUCCUGGAUUUUUACAUCCACGAGUCCCUGCAGAGACACGGCCACGGCAGGGAGCUCUUCCAGCACAUGCUGCAGAGCGAGCGGGUGCCCCCCGAGCGCUUGGCCGUGGAUCGACCCUCGGAGAAGCUCCUGGGAUUCCUCCGGAAGCACUACGGGCUCUGCCAGCCCAUCCCACAGGCCAAUAAUUUCGUCAUCUUUGAGGGGUUUUUCUCCAACCGAACCGCCCCCAUUGCCCGGCGGCCCCUCCCCCGGCGGCCGCAGGAGGAGCCCAUCAAACCCUACUCCAGCUCCGACCGGGACUUCCUGCGCGAGGAGGCGGAGCCUCCCUGGCCCUUCAACCUGUCCCUGGCCCCCCGGGGGGGGGUCUCGGGGGGGUCCCCAGUCCGGGGGAGCCUCCGGCCCUUCCUGCUGCGCCGGGACCCCCCCGAGGCGCGCCCGGAGCCCCCCCAGCGCCGCGCCAGCUCCCUGGGCCGUGUUGGACGUUGAGCCCCCCCCCACCCCCCGAGGAUCCCCCGGCGGGGUCGAGGGGCUUUGGGGGGGACUGGUCCUGCCCCACAGACCCACUGGGAACCAGUUUGUGCCCCACAGACCCACUGGGAACCAGUUCCUGCCCCACAGACCCACUGGGAACCAUUUCCUGCCUCACUGGAAACCAGCUCCUGCCCCACAGACCCACUGGGAACCAUUUCCUGCCUCACUGGGAACCAGUUCCUGCCCUAUAACUCCGACUGGGAACCAGUUCCAGCCCCACAACUGCCACUGGGACCCAUUUCCCGCCCCCCCCGCGGGGUCCCGCCCCCUCCCAGCCCCCAUGGGUGCCUCUCCCCCCCCUUCCCCCCCCCCCCAAUUUUUUGGGUACGUUUCAAUAAAAACGGUGACUCCGCUUCGGC